UCGCAUCCUGCAGUGGGAGAGCGGCCGGAGCCCCCCGGGUGACAGCACCAUGGGAGCCUGGGGACUGAGCCUGGGGGUCCUGCACUGCCUGGGGGUCUACAUCCAUCUGAGCGUCGGAGACAAGCACAACACAGCCGAUGCUUUGUUCACAGAAAUCCCACAUGAUGUUAGCGCACACCCUGGAGAAGACGUGGAGAUGGCAUGUUCCUUCCGUGGCAGUGGUGACAUCCCCUACUCACUGGAAAUCCAGUGGUGGUAUAUCCGCACCCACAAGGACUGGGCAAACAAGGAAACGUGGGAAGACAGCCAGUUGAAAUCUCUACCGGGGACACCUGAGAAGGGCGCCACUAAGAUAAGCGUAGUAAAGGUCUUUGGCAGCAACAUUUCGCACAAACUGCGCUUGUCUCAUGUGAAAAUCUCUGAUGAAGGAACCUAUGAAUGUCGUGUUCUGGAUUACAGUGAUGGAAAAGGAAGGCAACAUCGCGUCAAGGCUUUCCUUCGCGUGGAGACAGAGUCAGGCCGCCGAAAUACGGUUCCUCACCGCCAACAGGACACCAGCACUCACCGCCACUUCCAAGUCAAAGAGCUUAAAAAGCGAGCGGCAGAGCCCUGUGACCAGUGCCAGGUGUAGAUGGACUGUGGGUACUUUUCCCAAACACUGAUGUACAGAGGAGUGCAUGAGAGGCUUCCCAUCCUUCUCCAUCUGAAAAUCGUUGUCUACUUGCAAGCAGGAAUGGCCAGUGGAGAACAGGGACUUUAUUACUUUACCCCAUCACGUGACUUAUUUAUUUUCUUGGUGAAGGGCAUUGAAGUUGCUCAGACUGUUAUCUACGUGGACAAAAAAAGGGAGCUCCUCCACCAUUGUCCACCAAUCGUAACGCUGCACCCUGCUAUUUCAUUACCCGGACUGCACCAGUUAUUGAGUUCAUAUAGAUCAUUGGCAUUACAGGGAGUAUAAAUUCCCAGGAUGCCUUUGAGUAGAUGAUCUCAAGAUAUAUGGGACUGGGGUAAAAGUGGAAAAGCCUUAUUCGAAAGGCCUCUCAUUGACUGGUCCACUUUUCAAUGUAAUGUCUUAUAGGACUCUCCAACAUUAUGUGAUGGUCAAAUUGCUAAAAAUAUCUAACCAAGGGUUUCCUUCCCCGUUUUAUCCAAGAAUAUAUAUCCCAAAAGUGGCAUCAGUCCUCCUAUUCUCUUUGUGUGUCAUAAUCAUUGACUAACUCAAAUGUAUUGCCUUCUCAUCAAAGGAAACAUACCUCUCUUCAACAUGGAAGCAACAUAUGGAAGUAUGUGUCUCUAUCUAUAAAGUGACUUUUUUGAGGUUAAUUCAUCUCUAUUUUAGAUCACUUUGAUGCUGUGACCUUUGUGGGGAGAAAUUACUUGCUGUAACUGAAGAGAUCUAGUGGUAGAACUUAUCUACAGGAAAAGCAGAGACGUCUCCAAAGGAAGACACUGCUGUAGACUGCUGAUUAGGGUUUGUUGCUAAUGAUCACUACAGAUGGGUGUCUCUGCUUUGGUUAGGUAAGAGUAGAGUAGUAGGAGAGCUCAUUUACAUGUGCAGUAACUUCAGAAACAUUUGAUGUUGAGGAAGAUUGUUGGGUCUAAACAUCUGGUUUCUUGCUGCCUUUUGCAGAAGGCAAGACAGGUCAUGAGUAAAAGACCAUGUAGUUGAGUAAGUCUAAUGCUCCUCUGACAGGAUCGCACAACGUUGUUAUGAUUUAUAAUGCAGUGUGACCACUAGAGUCCUGAAAUCUACUGAAUUAGACUGACAGCAUUAUGUCAGUGUAAUUCAAUAGAUUCCCACUUUCGCAGGGACACAAAUCAUUAUAAUGCUGUGCAGUCCUGUCAGAGGAGCAGAGUUAGACUAGGACUUCUCACUGACACACACUGCAAGUUUCUCACAUUAAACUUGCUCAUGUAUGUCUGGCCUAAUAGGUUAGACUACAAACCAUUGAGGUCUAUGACAGGCAACCUUUUCUUUAUGGAGGAACCCAUAAGGAACUGGGGAAUAUUCUGGAUCAUCCAUGGAUUGCUGAACUACAGCUCUACAACAUAAGUAAAUGUGGACCCUUUCAUUUGUA